AUGACGCGCCCUGGCACCGUCUUUGCGCUGGCUGCCAUCGACAUUAAGGACGCGUAUUUAGAGGUGCCGCAGGUGGAACCGGUUUUAGCAGAUUUACCUCGGGAUUAUUCCGGUAGUGGUCGGUACAUAUUCCUGCGUUGUAUCCCUGGUCAGCGGGACGGUGCACAGCGCUGGUUUGACUUUUAUGUCAACUUCCUUCAUGAAGGUCUUACCCUGGAGACGUGUACGGUGAGUCCAGCGGUGAUGAAAACUAAGGAAGGGCCUUUGAUGCUACACGUGGAUGAUAAUUUGGUUCUGUGUCCUUUGACAUGGUUGCAUGAUACACUGGUACCGCUGAUAAAAUCACGAUUCCAGGCUACAGUGGAGAUUGCGUACCGCGUCGGUGAUCAAAUCAGCUUCCUCAAACGAGUGCACACGCUGACUGAGACCGGCAUGAAGAUUGCGAUCAGUGAUCAGUAUGCGAGAAGCAUGGCAAAGAUUCUUGAAAUUCGUGGUGGGACGGCUCAAACCCCAGAUCUUGCAGAGUUCAGUGGGCAUGACACGUCACAGGUGUUGUCCGAGCAGCAAGCAUCCAAGUACAGAUCAGUGAUCGGGAUUGCGCUUUAUAUUUCGGCCGACAGGCCAGACAUUGCACACAGCGUCAGAAAGCUCUCUGCUGUGAUGACACGUCCGACUGCUUUGGCAUGGCGUGCUGCAAUUCGAUUGACCCAGUACAUGUUGGCCACAUCCUCAUAUGCAUUGCAUCUUGAACCCGGGGAGCCUGGGACCUCUAUGUUGCAUGGAUGUGUUAGCGCAGGCAGUGAUCUGGUGGAGUGCUUCACGGAUGCCGAUUGGAGCGGUAGCACAGCAAGGCCGAUCGCAAGUCAAUUGGAUCAGCCACCCAUUGCAUCAAUGGUGCGGUGGUUUACUUUGCCACGAGGACUCAACGAUCAGUGUGCGGCAAAGCAGGCAAAGCACAUUGCGGGGAGAUUGUUAUGGAUACAGGAUUAUGUGAAGCGUCAGGUCUUCAAGGUGAUGCCGGUGAGUUCGGCAUACAACCUUGGUGACAUUGGGACCAAGGCUCUGGCAAAGGCCAGGUUGCGCUCACUGAUGUACAUGCACAACUUCAUUGAUGCUUCAAGUGAUGAGCGAAUCGGCAAGUUCGAAUAUGAGCAGAUGCAACAACAAGAGUAUGUGAAGGCGCAGAUUAAGAGGGUAAAGAAGAGCGUGAAUACUUCCACGAAGCUUCAUUCGAACAUCUUCAUGGUCAUGUGCAACUUGAUGCCGCUUUUGACUGAUGCGACAAAGCUUUCUGCCCCUACGGUGAGUGGUGGAUAUGCGAGCUACAUGUUUCCACUUUGCAUGGUUCUUUUGGUGGCGCUUUUCGCUGCACGGGCCUUGGGCCUGAACGACUUUUCGACUUUGCGCUUGAGCAUUGAUUUUCAGUACGCACCGCAAGCUUUGGAUGUGAAUGGCUAUGUUAUGCAAUGCUUUGCAUUUGCCUUUAUGCUUAUCGGCUUCAUGCAGGGCGUGAGUGCUGAGCAGUACGCGAGCUUGGCAUUGAUGAUCACGUGCGGUGCUCUGUGGAAUGAGAACAGAAAAUUGAGUAGAGUUCUGGAAAACCCAGCGGCCUUAGUUGUACAGGUGCCGGAAGAAGUGUUCGUAACGACACGUGGAGUUUGCUUUCACAAGGGGGGAGAGUGUGCAGAGUGUCGCCUCGUCGUCCGAUUAAUGGCAAUGCCACGAUUGAUCACCUUCUUAAGUGAUUGGGGUGUUCGUCGGCGAUCCAUCGUGUUCGCCAUCGAUCGGUGCGGGGAUGUCACGACUUCCCCCUUCGGCUUUGCCGGAAGGGAAAAUAAGGUUGUUACGCUUUCCAGCGGCGAGGCGGAGUUGGUGGCGCUUACGCAAGUGGUCUCCGAGGCGGUGCUCAUUAAGAAGGCUUGGGCCUUCAUCGUCGACGGCGAAGACGUCAUGCCUUUGGAUCCAGACGUGAUUGCUGCCAAGGAGCUCCGAGUCUUGGCCAUCCUCACGGACACGAACCCCGCUGAUGCAGGUACCAAGGUGCUGGCCGGCAAUCGGAUCAAGGUGCUGUGCGGCAUCAUGGGCAUGGUCGACUCAGGUGGAAACAGGCUGGCCAAUGGGACCGACGAGCGCAACAACAUCCCCAACCACACACGCACCUUCUACGACAUCCUGGUCACGUUGGUCUACGCAAUCCGCAUCUUCCUCGACACCAGCUACGCGGUUGGCUAUAUCAUGGCAAUGUUUGGUGGUGACUGCCUGUACGUGUUUGGCGGCUUGGCUGUGACGGGUGCACUGUGCUACGCCGCCAUCCUCGGCACCCGGUGGCGACUCACCUUGGAAGUGGGAAACCAGGCGGCGUCACUGCAGCAGCCCACAGAACACAGCGCAAGCGAGAAAACGUACGAGGACUAUGCUGAGGACUUGACCGGCUACGAGGUCGACGCCGAGACCGAGGAGAACCACGCCGACGACGCAGAGAUCAAGGAGAACCACACCAAGGACGCAGAGACCCAGAACCACACCAAGGACGCAGAGAGCCGGAUCUUCACCUGA